UCUGGGAAAAGCGGGGGAGGGGAAAGCGAGAGAAGGAAGCCGGGUUGCAGGGCUGGAGGCGGGCCGAGGCGGCGAGCGGAGCCUCAGGAAGCAGAAGGGGCGGGGAAAGACGCGACUGACGCGAAAUGCUGGCCAAUGACGAGCGAGCUCGGGUGGACGGCCAGCCAAUGGGCUGUGCGGCCUGGCGCGGGGGGCGGGCGCUGGGGCCGAGGGUAGCUUGAGCGCGGCGGCGGCGUUGUUCAGUCACAGCGAGAACAUUCCAGAGGUCGCCAGGCCCCGGGCGCUGAAGGGUGUGGACCCCGGACGUCGCUGGGACAGCCCCUCCCCGCUGCUCGGCGGCGCCUGGCCCGGCCGCUGCUCGCUGCGCUGCCUCCGCCGCCUCCACCGCCGCUCCUCGGACUCGGGUUCGCGCGCGCCUCACUUCAUCCCAGUCCCGGGCGAGCAGCGUUGGGUUUAUGUCUUUAUUUGACGAAAACGAGCUGUUGCGCAGCCAUUGGUACCUGUAUUGGGGAAACAUAGCAUACAAGCAAGAAGCUUACAGCCUCAGUGGCGAAAAAUUUUUCAUGUCAGAGACCGAGAACUCUUGCAGUCGUUUAUGUCAUCCCUUCUUCUCCAGACAGAGGAUACCAAAAAGUUGCAAUCAAAGAUCUCUUCAUCUUAUUGAUAAAGCCACUAAUAAGCCAAAAUGUCUGUCAACGUCAACCGCAGCGUGUCAGACCAGUUCUAUCGCUACAAGAUGCCCCGUCUGAUUGCCAAGGUUGAGGGCAAAGGAAAUGGAAUCAAGACAGUUAUAGUCAACAUGGUUGACGUAGCCAAAGCGCUUAAUCGGCCUCCAACGUAUCCCACCAAAUAUUUUGGUUGUGAACUGGGAGCACAGACCCAGUUUGAUGUUAAGAAUGACCGUUACAUUGUCAAUGGAUCUCAUGAGGCGAAUAAGCUGCAAGACAUGUUGGAUGGAUUCAUUAAAAAAUUUGUUCUUUGUCCUGAGUGUGAGAAUCCUGAAACGGAUCUGCAUGUCAAUCCAAAGAAACAAACAAUAGGUAAUUCUUGUAAGGCCUGUGGCUAUCGAGGCAUGCUUGACACACAUCAUAAACUCUGCACAUUCAUUCUCAAAAACCCACCUGAGAAUAGUGACAGUGGUACAGGAAAGAAAGAGAAGGAAAAGAAAAAUAGAAAGGGCAAAGACAAGGAAAAUGGUUCCAUGUCCAGCAGUGAGACACCACCACCACCACCACCACCCAGUGAAAUCAGUCCUCCGCAUGCUGUGGAAGAAGAGGAAGAUGAUGAUUGGGGGGAGGAUACAACAGAGGAAGCUCAAAGGCGAAGAAUGGACGAAAUCAGUGACCACGCGAAAGUUUUAACCCUCAGUGAUGAUUUGGAAAGGACUGUUGAAGAGCGUGUCAAUAUCCUGUUUGAUUUUGUUAAGAAAAAGAAAGAAGAGGGUGUUAUUGACUCAUCUGACAAAGAAAUUGUAGCUGAAGCAGAAAGACUGGAUGUAAAAGCCAUGGGCCCUCUUGUUUUGACUGAAGUUCUUUUUAAUGAGAAAAUUAGAGAGCAAAUUAAGAAAUACAGGCGCCAUUUCUUACGAUUUUGUCACAACAACAAAAAAGCUCAACGGUACCUUCUUCAUGGCUUGGAGUGUGUGGUAGCAAUGCAUCAAGCUCAGCUCAUCUCCAAGAUUCCACAUAUCUUGAAGGAGAUGUAUGAUGCAGACCUUUUGGAGGAAGAAGUCAUCAUUAGCUGGUCAGAAAAGGCCUCUAAGAAAUAUGUCUCAAAAGAACUUGCCAAAGAGAUUCGUGUCAAAGCGGAACCUUUUAUAAAAUGGUUGAAGGAAGCAGAGGAAGAAUCUUCCGGUGGUGAAGAUGAUGAUGAAGAUGAGAACAUUGAGGUGGUGUAUUCAAAGACUGCCAGUGUACCGAAAGUUGAAGCUGUGAAGUCUGACAACAAGGACGAUGACAUUGAUAUUGAUGCCAUUUAAAGGGGUGGGUGCAGCCCAGCUUAACAGUGUAAUGCUGAGAAUCUUUCUGCAUCAUCAGCCAGAAGUGCAACAUGUAUGUGCAAAAGCUAAAAUGGCUUAACGUCAUGCUACACUUUCUACUAAAAAUGUAUUGCUGUGAGUGGUCUGUAUUUAAACCCAACAAGACAUCUAGGGAGUCCAUACGCAUAUCAGUGAGCAGAUGUAGUUUGCUUAUUUACAGCAUGUUUCUUUUUGAAAAUUUAGUGGUGGACACAUUUGGGUCACAUUUAUACAGUUAUAAAAAUAAAGAUUUGAUUUUGGUCGUUCUUCAGAUUUUUGGCUCUGAAUGACUUAAGUAAGCUGAAAUAAUUGGCUCCUUUAAAAAAUGUUGCACCAUCAUCUAAUCUGAUAGGAUUAUUGGAGCCUGUUAGUACUUUUAAGUCUUAUUUCUAGUCCCUCAGAUUGGCAUCUGGUAAUGUACAUUCUUCCCAUGCCAAGGUGGACUGAUAAUCAAAUGACAGUGCAACACCUUUAACUUACUGAGAUGUUAAAAUGACCUGGGUGUCCUCUAAAUAAUUUUAAGAACAGGUUUUGAAACUUGAAUUGUGUAUUUUUUUUUCAUUUUUUCUAUGCUUGCCCCAAAUUGUAGUCUUUGAAGUCAUGUGCAUUGCACGUUGGAUGAGCCAGGGGAAUUACUACAUUAACAUAAACAUUUUAUUAUGUGUAUGUAGCUCUUGCUUUAUAUUGAGAGAAAACUGAAACUUUGGGGAGUGAUAAGUAAGCUCUACCAUUUUAUUUGGGGGAAGCAGGAAAAGGUACACUUAAUCUCUAGCAAAAACUGAGCAAAAUUUUUCAAUGAAUUUUACUCUUGAUUCAAAUUACAAUUUCAAAAUAUUUAGACAUAGUGUAUCUUUUGUUCAGUGUGGAUUUUUCCCCUGAUAAACUGGUUCUUUGAUGACUUCUGCAUUUGGAUACAUAGCUUAUACUUUAUUGGUUUUUGUUGCUAUCUUGCCAAAACAAGUGUUAACUGUAUCUCAGAUUCCCCCCACCCCCCAAAAUGUCUUAUUUUUAAAAACAAAGCAUACUUCUAAGAGCCUAUAUUUUGGUGUAAGACUUGGGGUGUUUUUUAUUUUCACAAUGAAUAGUGUGAGAUACCCAGGAAGUCUGUGACGAUGGCAACUGAAAGCAGGUGACUAGGGCCUGACCCAGCCCAUCCUGGGCUUUAGGUUUGGAAAUAACUUCUUGUGAUUUGCUUGCCCAAUUUGCUGAUGUAAACUCACUUGAUAGAAGGGCUUAUGACUACAUCUGAGAAAUCAUCUUGAGGAUGCAAAUUUACACAAAAAGUACACUGGGAAUCAAAAUGCGUGGAGAGCACUGGCUUAUAUCAUUCACCUCUUUGUUUGUGAUCCAUCUCACAGAUUACAAUGAGACCUUAACAAAUGUAUGUAAGUUUUUUUCACAUUGAAAUUAUAUGAACAUUUGGUAUAAUAAAACCUUGUUAGCUUGGUAUUUUAAGAAAUUAAACCCUGGCAGUCUUACUGGAGAGGUACAAAUUGGUCUCCAGCUGCCUUUCUUGAUAGAUUUUGGUGAGGUUGAAGGAGAGCCAUAUACCUACCUGGAGGGGAAUGUGCUUUGUCGCACCAAAGAGAAGAGGUUUUUGCAAAUUCAUGUCUCACCUAGGUUUUAAAUUUCUGCCAUUAUCUGGAAUUGUUCUGGGGGGAUCAAGUUGCAUUCAGCAUACCCAUUAUCAAGCUAAUGAGGUUCUGUUAUAGAGGGUUCUUUUCCCCUUUUUCUUCCUCCCCCACCCCCUUAAAUCUGAAGGAAAACUUACAAGGCUUCUAAACACUAAAGAGAAAAUUUUGGCUUAGACCACUCUUCAGUCUAGUGCCAAACUUUCAGUGGAAUUCACAUCCACAGAGUAAGGAGUUUAUUCAUAGCAGCUAUCCUAAUAGAGUGAUCUUUCACUUUGCUGUAUUCAACUGUCUUAAAACUUCCUGUUUGAAACAGCUAUGUUACGUGAUUAAAACAACGUUAAAAU